AUGAAGCUGGUCGUAAGAGAGAUAAGAGAUAAGAGAUUAAUUUCUCGUCAAAAAGAGGUUGAUAUCGCCUUGACGGUAGAAGCAAGGGCCCAGUCAAUUCUAUUGAAUCGUCCAGAUAAAGACGAAGAGACAUUGAGUUUAAUUGAACAUUUGGGAGAUACAACAUCUCUACUGUAUAAAAUACACAACACUGAUUCUGAGUAUAGAAAAUCUUCUAUUCUAAGUUUUUCUCUGAAUUCCAAUAAUCUUAAGCCCGAACUUAAAGAGGCAUUGGCUGAAGCUCCUUUGGACACUUAUGUGUUCGGAGAAGAUUUAGGUGAGCGAAUCAAAACGGCCAAAUCUAUUGGCAAGUCAGUAGCUGAUCUUAAGGCUGGCUCUUCCAAACCGAAGUAUGCACCAUAG